UUUCAGUUUUAUGAGGAUAGGGUCCGGGAACUACUCCUCCUUCCAUACGCCCGGCGUUUUCUUACAAUGGGUGGUAUUAUAUGGCGCAUAGCAUUGCAUUAUGGACCAGAUCAUCUCUUCUCAGCUGCACUGUCUGGACCGUCCACCGAUGCCUAUGUACAUGGAAACAUCCAGCGUAAUGGCACGCACAUAGACGAUGCGGUGUUCCCGCAAGACAUCCAACUUCUUCUGGGUGUCGCCGCAGACAAUUCUAGCUUAUGGCCUCCCCUUGAUAUUUUUGACAGGUACCAGAAGUGGACAGGAGAGUGGACGGCACUAUGGGAGACGUGGUUCAUGGAUCGUGUUUCCAUGAUACAUAAC